UUACACCGUUGCAUUUGCUUACGCGUUCCAAGAUAUCGAAUCACACUGCUCCCAACGUGUAUAAAGUAUAAACAUCCAAAACCCACUCUCAUCCUAACAUCGAAAUCGACGUCUACUUUCUUGAAUUUCUUCCAUAAAUUCUUGAUAUUUUAGCUUUGCUAUUAGGAAAAUUUUUCAUUCUUGAAUCAAGAAUCCACUAAUAAUGGUCCGAGUGAGUAACAAUUUGGUUGGCAUUCUCAAUCUAGUCACACUUUUGCUGUCAAUUCCUAUCAUAGGAGGGGGCAUAUGGCUCUCAAAACAUGCCAACACAGAGUGCGAGAGAUUCUUAGACAAGCCAGUAAUAGCCUUAGGAGUCUUUAUUCUGCUCGUUUCAAUUGCUGGUUCAGUGGGCUCUUUCUGUAGGGUUUCAUGCCUAUUAUGGGUAUAUUUAGUGGUAAUGUUCUUGCUGAUUCUUCUAUUGUUUUGCUUCACAAUCUUCGCAUUUGUGGUGACAAAUAAGGGGGCUGGUGAGGCCCUUUCUGGUAGAGGGUAUAAAGAGUACAGAUUGGGGGAUUAUUCAGAUUGGCUGCAGAAAAGGGUUAAUAAUGACAAGAAUUGGAAUAAGAUUAGGAGUUGUUUGCAGGAUAGUAAGAUUUGCCAGAGGCUUCUUGAUGAUGGUUCAUCCACCAGAGUUGAAGAUUUUUACAAACAACACCUCUCUUCCCUUCAGUCUGGUUGCUGUAAGCCAUCGAAUGACUGCAAUUUCCAGUACAUUAGCCCAACCAACUGGACUCGGACACCAACCUCAUCCUUGACUAAUCCCGACUGCACUGCCUGGAGCAAUGAUCCGAACAUCUUGUGCUAUCACUGCCAGUCGUGCAAGGCUGGGCUGCUGGACAACAUUAAGAGGGACUGGAAGAGGGUGGCUGUUAUCAACAUCAUUUUCCUCGUCUUCCUCAUUAUCGUUUACUCUGUUGGAUGCUGUGCAUUCAGAAACAACCGGGAAGAUAACUCGUGGAAACGGUUCCCUUAAUGUCUAUCGACUCUAAUUUUUAGUAGAUACACGUCAGUAUAGCCUGCCUUCUACUGUUUUUAUUGCAUUCUGGAUGUUACGUUGCCAGUUACUAUUGUUUUUGGUGCACGGUUUAUUGCUUUUGCUUUGCACAAACAGGUUCAUAUUUAUAUAUUUGGGAUCUGUUGUUAUAAAUUGGCUCAUUGUUCAUUUCAAUUUA